AUGAAGCUGCCUCAGGUUCUCGUUAUUCUGCUGUUUGUGGUACUGGCAGAUGGUGCAAAACCCAAAAGAUGCUUUAACCAUGUAUCAGGCUACUGCAGGAAGAAAUGCAAAAUGGGGGAGAUAGCAGAGGUGGGAUGCCUGCAUGCCAGAUACUGUUGCGUCAAUACAAGGGAAAACCAAAAGCAGAAAGUCCUCCAACAGCAGCCGGUCCAACCCAAGGAGAAGUCAAACGCAAUCCAAGACUAUUUAAUCCUGCCCACCAUCACCUACUUCACCAUCACUAUCUGA